AUGUUUUUUACUUAAACUAAAUUUCAUAAACUUAGUUCUUAAAAGGAUUUAUUGGCAAAGAUAUAGGAUUUUGAAAUAAACACAAAUUUUGAUUCACCUAGAACAUAGAAAGCAUUGUAAAAAAUGAAUAAAACAAAAUAUGAUUUUAGAAGAAAGUUAAUUAUUAUAUUUUACAUUUAAGGAAUAAGUUUGAAAAACAUAAUGAAUUAGAAUAUAAAAACAAAAGAAAUAAUAAAUCAUUGGAUUAAAAUUCUUUAGAUUAUGAAUAUGAGAAUUAUUUAGAAUAAUUAUUAAGUAUUUUAACGUAAUGAAAAUUAGAUGAUUUUAUGGAACUGAAAGAAUAAAGAAAAUAAAUAAAAUAAUGGUUUUUAAAAAAAUAGUAAGAGGAAGAUGAAUUACGUGGUUAUGAACAUAUUUAAUUAAAUAGUGUUCAUUCAACAAGUCGUUUUCCAUGUUAAACAAUAACAAUUGAUGAUAAAAUUGGCAAAAUCAAUUAAGAAAGAUAGAGAUAAUUAAGUUUAAAUAAUGUUGAAGUUAAAGAGGCUUUGUUAUAUGAAUUAGAUAGAAGACAAUGGGAAUAUAUGUCAUAGGAAAAGAGAGAAAAGAAUGCUUAAAUUAAAUAAGGAAAAAUAAUGUAGAUAAAAAUAAAAGCUUAAUAAUAAAAUAAAAAGGCAUAGAAGAAGUGUGAAAGUUAGAAAAAGAUAAAAGAAGAAUAAAUAGAAGAAUAUAUAGCAAAAGCAAAGGAAAUUCAAGUCAAAUUGAAUUAAAAGUACUUUUACAUAAUUAUAUUAGAGAAAAUAAUAUCGCAAAUAAGAAAUCUUCAAUAAUAAUGGAAAAGAUUGAAAAAAAUAGAAAAUUAGAAGAAAAAAUAUUAUUUAGAAAAUCAAUAUUGAAACAUGAAUAAUCUGAAACUUAAUUGUAAAAUGUUAGAAAAGAAACAUAAACAGAAGAGAAUAGAGUUAAAUCAGUUGAAAGAUAAGCUAAAGAUAGAUAAGAUAAAUAAUCAAGAUAUGAAUAAUAAUUAAUGAGAGUUUAAGAAAAAAGUGCAUAAUCAAAAGCAAUAUGGGAAUAAGAAUUGUGUAAUAAUUUUGGAUAGAAGAUGAUUUCUAUUGAAGAAUAAAGAAAAAAGAAUGAAGAUUUAAUAAAAAAAGACAUAAGCAAAAUGUCUAAGGAAAGAAAAGAUAAAUUGAAAAAACAUUAAUAAAAUUUAGAAUUAGUAUAAGAGGAAGAAAAGUAAUUUUAAAUAUUAUUUAGAAUAGACAAUGGUAAUUAAAAUUAUAAGAAAAAUUAUAAAAUAAGGAAGAAAAUACUAAGAAACUUAAAAUGAGUAAACUUGAAGAAAUAAAAUAAUUAAGAGAUGUAAAUGCUUAAAAUUAAAGAGAAUCAUUAUCGAAAUAGGAAAUUAGAAGAAGAAUAUAAGUAAUUUUUAUUAUUUAUCAUAAGUUUAGUUAAUAAGAUUUGUUAUUAGAGAGAUCUUUGAAUGUUUAAAAGAGAUUGGAAUAAUAAAAAAAUGAUAAAGAAAAAGUUUUAUUUUAUGUGUUGAGUUCUAAAUAAAAAUUGGAAUCUGAAAUCAACAAUAAGUAAUAAAAAUUAAAAUUGAUACAUUAAUAGUCAUCAAUUUAAUUAUUAGAGUAAGAAUGAAUAUUAAGAUUAAAUAGAUAAUUGAAAGAACUAGUACCAGAAACAGAAUUUAUUGAAUUACAAAAACAUUAUAAAAUAACUAAAAAGCCUCAAACUGCAAAUCCAUAAACUUUGAAUAAAUUAUGA